AUAUGAGAGUUUCAAAUACGAUGGUGAUAAUGUGAUAACUGACCUUUCUCUGAAUGUACUCAUAUUUCCUCAAUACCUCCAAAAGUACACUAAUAGCAGCCAGCCAGUAUAGUUACACAGUACACUCUCAUGAAGGCAUAAACUUUAGAAACUGGUAAAAUGGUUAUUUUAAUGAAGACACCAGUAAUACAAAACCAAUGCAGAAGAGCCAUACAAUGCUGCUAUAAGUUGACAGAAAAACCUUUGAUGAGAAUGCAGUUCGCAGGUAAACCAAUAUGAAACAUGUGGAAUGUAUGUGUCUGGAAAGAGAAUUGGCCCUCUUUUCGUUAAGAUGCGCUAUUAAAGGAAUGUGUAGCAUUCAGAGAAAUGUUAGCUGAUGUUCUUCAAAGACAUGGAUGAUGAAAACAAACUGUGUAUGGUUGACUUGUCACUGUUAACACUGUGUCUCAUGGUGUAAAAUGAAGAUGAUUUCUGGAAGAAUUUCAUUUAGUUUUACAUGUGUUACAAUAAAGUGAUAUAAUGGACAUGGAUACAGGUGAUAGUGGGAAUGUACCCCUGCAGUCAAGGCCAGAAACAGCAGAGGAAGAGAUAGAGCAAGAUGAAUGUUCAAAAAGUAUUGCUAGCAUAGCAACAGUGGAAGCUGGUAGUAACACUGCUAGCAGAUCGAACAGUGCAACUGUGAGCUAUGACCAUAAUAGUGAGAGAAACAGCAGAGAAACUGGUGAUGGUUCACGGGAUAUUUCAGCACCUUCUACCAGACAACAGACUCAGCAACAACGGAGAUCAUCAAGAUGUGGUGCUGCAGCUGUGCAUCCAACACCUAUCGGUCUUGCAGUCCGGGAAGCUUUUGUAUUUCGGACAACACCAGAUGUACCAGAUGGCUCUGAGGGUCAGCCUGCUGGGACAUACACAAUUGAUGAAAAUCCAUCCUAUCUGGAAGACUCAACAGCAGGACUUCCUGGUGGUCUUCACAAAGCACAAGAUGCAACAUCGCUUCCUGACACAGAAACACUAAUGUUUCGAGAUGGACGUCGCCGUAUUGACAUGGUUCUUGUAUAUGAGGAAGAAGAGCUAGGUGUCAUGACAGAAGCAGAGAUGUUACGAAGGGAGAGAAGACGUGUCUUCCAGGAGAACCUCCUUGCUGCUGGGUUGGAGCUAGAGCUGGAGGGGAAAGAGAUGGCUUUUGACCAGAAAACAUUCUUUCUCAAAAUCCACAUUCCAUGGAAAGCCUUGACGAGAUAUGCAGAAGUAAUGAAUUUGAAAAUGCCUACUAAGGGUCUCAAAUAUGUGGCCAGAAUGCCAAGAUCUGUGAACAGGGUCUCUCAUAAUAGGAACAGAAUCUCUCAUUGUAGUUUCCUGGAAACAGAGAAGGAGGAAGAAUCAGAAACACCAGGAUUCCCCUUUAAGUUCAAGAAAAUGUUUGAAUACAACCAUAACCGUAUUGCAAAGGAACCUUCUUUUUAUGAAGCAUCGUACAGCAAGGACCAGGAAGAACAGUUUGUAGUGAAGGAAAGAGAACUGUUCUACACUUCAGCUCAGAGAAGCCUUGUUGUGUGGCAAGUAAUGAUGAGAACAAAGUAUGAUGAAAGUGAGAAGUGCGGCAUCCGCAGACUCCUCAACAAUAAAACAUAUUUGGCAGCAUUUCCUUUACAUGAAGGGAAAUACGCUCAUGAUGCAUCCAGUGGAUAUAUUUUUGAUAGGAGGUUGCUGUAUCUUGAGUGGGCAUCUCUGUCAUGUUGGUAUAAGAAGCAACCCUUUUGGCUCAUCAAGAAAUAUUUUGGUGACAAAAUAGGCCUGUACUUUGCUUGGUUGGAUUUCUACACCAAAAUGCUUAUUCCUGCUGCUAUAGUAGGUCUGCUUUGUUUUCUUUAUGGUGCAGCAACACUAUACUCUAAUGAUAAUGUACCAAGCCUGGAGAUCUGUAAUAUGUCUGGACCUGGCAAUAUCACACUCUGUCCACAUUGUGACAAAGCAUGUCCUUUUACCAGACUGUAUCAGUCAUGUACAUUUGCUAAACUCACAUAUCUGUUUGACAAUCCAGCUACUGUCUUCUUCGCUAUUUUUAUGUCUUUCUGGGCUACCACCUUUCUUGAACUCUGGAAAAGACGACAAGCAGUAAUUGUGUGGGAAUGGGACUUGCAAAAUGCUGAAGAAGAUGAAGAACCAAGACCAGAAUUUGAGACAUCAGUUAAAACAUUUCGCAUUAAUCCAGUCACACAUGAAAAAGAGCCAUAUCUUCCCACAUGGAGCAAAGCUUGGAGGCUUCUGGCAACUACUUCAGUCGUGUUUCUCAUGGUUGUUGUUGUGAUGGGGACAGUUCUAGGAACAAUAAUCUACAGAAUUGCACUAAUAACAGUGUUUCAUAGCAGUGGAGGUUUCUUCAGUACACAUGCCAAGAUUUUCACAUCGGUCACAGCUGCUGUUAUCAACUUAACGAUCAUCAUGAUUCUGACUAGGCUAUAUCAGAGAAUUGCAACACUUUUGACAAACCUAGAGAACCCCAGGACUCAAACAGAAUAUGAAGACAGCUACACUUUCAAGAUAUUUGUCUUUCAGUUUGUGAAUUUCUACUCUUCAUUGAUCUACAUAGCUUUUUUCAAGGGGCGCUUUUAUAAAUACCCAGGUGACAAAGAAGCACGCCGUGAUGCAUUUCAAAGACUUACACUGGAUGUUUGUGACCCAGCAGGCUGCCUAUCUGAGCUCUGCAUCCAACUGGCCAUCAUCAUGAUUGGCAAGCAGUGUUUCAACAACUUCCUUGAGAUCUUCUUACCGAAAUUACGCAACUGGUGGCGUAAGAGGUACCACAUAUCAAAUACAAAAGAUUUAGAGCGCAGUUACACCCGCUGGGAAGAAGAUUAUCACCUUGAGGAUUCGGGACGACUUGCUCUUUUUGAAGAAUACCUGGAAAUGGUAAUUCAGUAUGGUUUUGUAACUCUUUUUGUGGCUGCAUUUCCUUUGGCUCCUCUGUUUGCAUUGCUAAACAACAUUGGUGAGAUUCGAUUGGAUGCAUAUAAGAUGUUGACCCAAGCUCGACGUCCACUGGCAGAACGCGUAGAGGACAUUGGAGCUUGGUAUGGGAUUCUUCAGGGGCUCACCUACACUGCUGUUGUUUCAAAUGCAUUUGUCAUUGCAUAUACAAGUGACUUCAUCCCACGUAUGGUAUACAAAUUUGUGUAUUCACCAGACAACACAUUAACUGGUUACAUUGACUUCUCGCUUUCUGAAUUCAAUACAUCUGACUUCCAGAAAGAUAUGAUACCUGAUGAUGAUGGCAAUCCCAACACACCACCUCCAGAGACUUGCCAAUAUAGAGGUUAUCGUAACAAUGCCACUUCUGAGGGUCCGUAUGGCCUUUCAGCUGUCUACUGGCAUGUCUUUGCAGCCAGACUUGCAUUUGUUGUUGUAUUUGAACAUAUUGUGUUUGCACUGACAGGAAUUAUGGCAUAUGCCAUACCAGAUAUUCCACAAGAGGUCCAAACUCAAGUGAAACGUGAGAAGCUUUUGGAGAAAGAAAGAAAGUAUGAAAUUGGCCUCAAAGCAGCAGGUUCUCCAAGUAAUUUUCGUGACAGAGAAGAUGGAAGUAAACUUCAAGGGAGAUUACAGCUGCCUCCACUUUUGCCUCCUGGGACAGCAAGAGAAUCAAACAACUGGUGGGCUCGGCGAGUGAGCAAAGUACGAGAUGUAUCAACAAGUCUUGCAGCUCUCAACAAAACAACCACUUAG